UGUCACGAUGGACUGCUUAAUUCCGCAGCUCGCGCGGCGCAAACCAUCACUGAAUUUGUGAUUGACCAACUAUACUAAUCACCUGUCGAAUAGACGGAGACCCAUAUAGACUGCCCACACAACGAACUCGGUCCCUCGUCGAGACCGUUUCCACGACUAAUUAAAGUUAUGUCGUCGUGACUUGUCUCUCACGCGUGUGUGUGUGUGCGGCCGCGCCCUCUCCUAUCCGAAAACGAGGUCAAAGACCCCGGCACCCUCUGACCGGUCAGGUGAUGGCAAUAACGAAAGAAAUUUAUUGAGACGGAUGAGGCGACGCAAACAAAACCGUGAAAAUUGCGGGAAUACGUCGUUAACGUGGGGGCGUCGUAAAAGCGGCGACUGCGCGUCGCGCGCCGAAAUCACCACUUUUGCCCCGGAAAAUUAAGGAAACCCAUCUAACAGUCAACAUAAUUCCUGACCUAACGGCCGAUCAACGUAACUAUUCGCCGUGCCGGCGCAAAAUCUUCACCAGCGGAGCUUUAUUGCGGAUCGCUCGCGGAGAGACGCCCGACGGCGAUUUAUUUAUUUAUUUACCUCGAUACACACGCGAAAACAUUGGUCGAUUUUGCGAAGUGUAAUGGCAAUUCAUAAGUCAGAGACAACCGACGGUCGAAAACACGUAACAAAAAAUGCACGAGAGAAAACGCCACCUCCAAAAAUAUUGGAAUAUUUUCAAACGACCGUGUGCAUACGAUAAACUAUUAUUUAUCUAGGAGAAAAAAAAACAAGUAUUUUUAUACAAAGUACAGCCCGUGGCAAGAAUUACUUGUCGAGGUUCAUCAGGAAUACGUAAAAAGACGUUUAUGAUUUCGAGGCCAUGGGCAAUUACUAUCGUUGCCAACAUACUAAAAACAGGCAGCCAUAUUGUAACUUUCACGUCACAUCGGUCAAGUGACGAUCCGGGAGGGGCGACGGGCGACUUGCUAGAGCGAGAGGAAGGCCGGGAAAGGAUAACGCGACGCUCGGAAGGUGCCAGGGAAGGCAACCGAGACAAGAGAGCAACGGACGAGCAACGAGAUGCCGAUUGAUUGUUAUUACCUACCGCCAAGUCCACCCUGUCGCAGCGUCCUGCUACUCGCGAAGGCUCUGGGCGUUCAUUUUAACUUCAAGAUAGUGAAUGUCUUGAAGGGGGAACACAUGAGCCCGGAAUUCCUGCAGAUAAAUCCACAGCACAUGAUACCAACCAUCGACGACAAUGGAUUUGUUCUGUGGGAGAGUCGCCCGAUUAUGGCAUACUUGGUCAGCAAAUACGCCAGAAACGAUUCUCUUUAUCCGAAAGACCCGAAACAGAGGGCAGUGGUCGAUCAAAUGAUGUAUUUUGACGCUGGCAGUCUUUUUACCAGUAUUGGUCAGUGUUACAUACCUGUGGCCCGAGGUCUGUCUCAUUCCGUUAACGAAGCGGAUCUAGAGCGAGCGGAGAAAUCGUUCGAGGUGCUCAACUCUUUCCUCGAGGGGAAACAGUUCGCGGCGGGCGACAAUCUGACCAUUGCCGAUUUCACUAUCAGCACGUCCAUCUGCUUUGCACAGACCUUCGACUUCGACAUUAGCCGUUACGAUAACGUCGCCGCGUACUACGAUCGUUGCAAGGAGAGCUUGGAGAAAUUCGGCUUCGAGGAGGUGCACGCCUUUGGUGUUAAAAUAUUUAGCGAGAUGUACCACGCGAACCUACAAGAAUCCAGUUAACGUGGAUAUGACUAUGGAUAUUUGUGCGCAUCUAUAAAGAGCAGAGAGGUAGAGAGAGAGAGAGAGAGAGAGAGAGAGAGAGAGAGAGAGAGAGAGUGUGUAUGUGUGUGUGCGAAAGAAUGAGAGAGAAAGAUCGAUAGUACUUCGUUUACCUGAGAUCGAGAUUAGACAUGGAAACCCAUCGUUACCUCAUAGAAUUUAAAAUUCGCUUCUUACCUCCGCGAGAUUCUAAGUCGAAUUUUCACGACUUUAUUACAGUAAAUUUCAUGACGAAUAUUUUAGAAAAUAAAAAAACAUUUUUGCUCUUACAUAUACAUAAUUCCCACUUAGCGGAUUCGUUUUGUAUAAUAUUUAUUCCUGUUAAUUAAUAACAUGCGAAAUUGAUAUAAUUGAUGUAAAUGAUAGUCCGCGAGAAACAUGCUGCGUUGUAACGUUAUUAAAGUAAUUAUGUUCUGCUUUUUCUCUGUACCAAAAAGUAUAGGUAGUGUUGAUCAAUUCUGUUCAUACAAGGUGAGUCAGCAACUAUUGCCAAUACCUAUCGAAGCGAAACACAAAGGUAACCUUCAGAUCUUCGAAGUGACUUUACCUCGAAAAAAAGAGCGUUACCAUCAUAAAACACUCUAUUUUUGUAAUAGUUACUCGACUCACUCUCUAUAUAUUUUGAAAGAUACGUGCAGUAGAUUUAAUUAGAACCUAAGCAUUAGGAAUGUACCAGAAGACGUGUGAAAAAUAAACGUAAGCU